AUGAGAUUUAGGGAGGGAAUGUGUCGGGAGGGGGAGUCUUGGGAGGAGAUUGGAGUUUUGGCGAGUUUGGAAGAAGAGAACGUUAAAUGGACUUGCAUAAAUGAUGCUGUAAAAUCGAUGGCGACCUACGUGAAUGGAAUUGGAGCAGUAGUUCAGGUGCCAUCAGACCCUCCAAUUCCAGCUGACCCUAGUAGAGCCUUUGGGAGAACAAACACAAGACCCUUUAUGUCCGGUCACGAUUACAACGAUGAUCUUGCUGGUGGCGAAGACGGCGAUCCCGUGGGCGGAGCGGACGGUGAUUAUAUUUAGGGAGGUUAUUUUACCCCCCUUUUCUUCUUGAUAGCAGUGUUUUCACCUCUUACUUUUCUCUACCUAUCCUAGUCAGGGUUUAGGCAGAAGAUUUUUUGUAGUUUUUUGCUUUGACGAAUUUCCUACUUUUGUGGGCUUUCCCAUUUGGGAUGGGACGGACUGGAUGAGAUUUCGACACUGCGCAGGGGAGGUAUCUAUUUGGCCGCAUUUUUGCGCGGCACUUUAGCUUGGGAUUACGACCGGAAUCUGGAGUCCGACUCCACUGCUUUUUGCUUUUUUUCUUCUCGCGAUUCCGGCGCCGGUGCCUUUCCUAAGCAACGACCUCCUAGAGGCGAUAAAUUAAUUUAAAAUACUUUGUUUCCCAAAGUCUACACGU